AUGUUUUGUUCUCCAAUCCAAGGCACCGUGGUUGGGGUGGUGAUUUACACCGGUAAAGAGCUGCGCAGUGUAAUGAACACCUCCAACCCAAGACAUAAGAUCGGCCUGAUUGACCUGGAAGUGAAUUGUCUGACUAAGAUCCUGUUUGGCGCUCUGGUGGUGGUCUCACUGGUCAUGGUGGCUCUGCAGCACUUCGCUGGACGCUGGUAUCUCCAGAUCUUCCGCUUUCUUCUGCUCUUCUCCAACAUCGUCCCCAUCAGUUUGCGUGUGAAUUUGGACAUGGGCAAAAUGGUGUUCAGUUGGAUGAUCAAGAAAGACUCUAAAAUCCCCGGGACGGUGGUUCGAGCCAGUACCAUACCAGAGCAACUGGGCCGGAUCUCUUAUCUGCUCACAGACAAAACUGGAACCCUCACUCAGAAUGAGAUGGUGUUCAGACGACUCCAUCUUGGAACGGUGGCGUACGGCAUGGACUCGAUGGAUGAAGUGCAGAGUCACGUGUUCAGCGCUUACACUCAGCCUCCACAUGACCUGCAGGCCUCUCGUGCACCGGGUGCCGCCAAAGUGAGGAAGACCAUCAGCAGUCGAGUGCACGAGGCAGUGAAGGCCAUUGCACUGGUGCACAACGUGACCCCAGUAUAUGAGUCCAAUGGUGUCACGGAUCAGGCAGAAGCUGAACAGCACUAUGAAGACACCUGCAGGGUUUACCAGGCCUCCAGUCCAGAUGAGGUGUCUCUGGUUCAGUGGACGGAGAGUGUCGGUCUGACACUGGUCGGUAGAGAUCAGUCUUCAGUGCAGCUGAGGACACCUAGUGGACAAAUACUGAACUUUACCAUCCUGCAGGCUUUCCCCUUUACCUACGAGAGCAAACGCAUGGGCAUCAUAGUGCGAGCUCGCUACGUCCAGGCCAAGCUGAGCGUUCACGAUCGUUCGCUGAAGGUGGCCACAGUGAUAGAGAGUCUGGAGAUGGAGAUGGAGCUCUUGUGUCUUACUGGAGUCGAGGACCAGCUUCAGGCCGAUGUCAGACCCACUCUGGAGAUACUGCGCAACGCUGGCAUCAAAGUUUGGAUGCUGACCGGGGACAAAUUAGAGACUGCAACCUGCACAGCCAAAAACGCCCAUCUAGUGACCCGCAAUCAGGACAUCCACGUGUUCAGGCCUGUAACCACUCGAAGCGAAGCCCACCUUGAGCUCAACGCCUUCAGGAGGAAACACGACUGCGCGCUGGUGAUAUCGGGAGACUCUCUGGAGGUCUGUCUGAAGUAUUAUGAGUAUGAGUUUAUGGAGUUGGCGUGUCAGUGUCCGGCCAUCGUGUGCUGCCGCUGCGCUCCCACACAGAAAGCUCAGAUCGUUCGUCUGCUGCAGGAACGCACCGGCAAACUCACCUGUGCCGUGGGGGAUGGAGGAAAUGAUGUCAGUAUGAUCCAGGAAGCAGACUGUGGCGUGGGAGUGGAGGGCAAAGAAGGGAAGCAGGCGUCUCUGGCUGCAGAUUUCUCCAUCACUCAGUUUAAGCACUUGGGCAGACUGCUCAUGGUCCACGGCAGAAACAGCUACAAGCGCUCCGCCGCGCUCAGCCAGUUUGUCAUCCACCGGAGUCUCUGCAUCAGCACCAUGCAGGCCGUGUUCUCUUCUGUCUUCUACUUUGCAUCUGUUCCACUUUAUCAAGGCUUCCUCAUUAUCGGAUACUCCACUAUCUACACCAUGUUCCCAGUUUUCUCUCUGGUUUUGGAUAAAGAUGUCAAGUCUGAGGUGGCCAUGUUAUAUCCUGAACUUUACAAAGAUCUUCUAAAGGGACGACCUCUCUCAUUCAAAACCUUCUUAAUAUGGGUCUUGAUCAGUAUCUACCAAGGUAGCAUCAUCAUGUACGGGGCUCUGCUGCUGUUCGAGUCGGAGUUUGUGCACAUCGUGGCGAUCUCGUUCACGUCUCUGAUCCUGACGGAGCUGCUGAUGGUGGCGCUGACCGUGCAGACGUGGCACUGGCUGAUGAUCGUAGCCGAACUCCUCAGUCUGGCCUGCUACAUCGCAUCCCUCGUCUUCCUACAUGAGUUCAUCGACACUUUAUUCUGUCGAACUGACCGACUCUCGUCGUAAUCGACUUCUCUUGCAUGAUCACAGUUUGUACCGAUUGUGAUGUGGACCUAGACUUAGAGCGAAUGCCAUCAUCUUCACCUGACUACUUUUUUAGUUUUUUUUAUGUUUAUAUGAAAGUAUUAUUUUAUUUUUUUUGGUAAUGUAAUC